CCAAAACCCCGUCUCCUAAUCUUCAAGUCACAACGGCGAUAUCCGGCCCCCACUCCCACCCCAUUGGCGGGUACGAUCACUAUUCUGCAAUGAAUCCAGCACCUCCAGACAUGUACUAUCCACCGCAGCACAUGUCUGCAGGUCCGGCGCCGCAGACGCAGCCUGUAACGUCGAAUGCGUUGCCCCAAUAUGCCCACCAGCAGCCCACAUUGUUACAGCCAGGUCCUGCGCAGUAUCCUCCCCCAUACCAAUACGGGUACGCGAAUGGGUUGACAUCCCCCCAAUCUGCGCCGCCAGCCGUAACUGGCUCUAUGGGCGCUCAGAAUGUCCUGCCUCUCCCCGGAGUCUCGAACCAGGGAGGUAUACAGAAUCAAUACCAAGGGUUCGACACUACAGGUCAAAUUGCCCCACCCGGAAUGAAGCCGCGGGUUACUGCCACCCUGUGGGAAGACGAGGGAAGCCUCUGCUUCCAGGUUGAGGCCAGGGGUAUCUGUGUGGCCCGUCGUGAAGACAACCACAUGAUCAACGGGACAAAGCUACUUAACGUAGCCGGGAUGACCCGCGGCAGGCGGGAUGGUAUCCUGAAAAGUGAAAAGGUGCGCCACGUAGUCAAGAUCGGGCCAAUGCAUCUCAAGGGGGUGUGGAUUCCCUUUGAGAGAGCACUUGAUUUUGCCAAUAAAGAGAAGAUCACGGAGCUCCUGUAUCCUCUCUUCGUCCAUAACAUCGGCGCACUACUGUACCACCCUACCAACCAGAACCGGACCAAUCAGGUCAUGGCUGCUGCGGAACGCCGGAAGCAGGAGCAAAAUCAGAUGCGGAAUGGCCCUGGCCCAGCGCCCCCGGGCGGUGUACUGCCCUCGAUACAGCAGCACCACCACCACAUGGGUCUACCUGGCCCCCAGCCAUCGCUCCCGUCACAUAACAGUGCCGGGCGGCCGUCGCUUGACAGGGCCCACACGUUCCCGACGCCGCCUACCAGUGCCUCAAGUGUUAUAGGGGGUAUGGGGGCGUCAGAUAGCUUCCAAUGGGGCCAGCAAGGGAUGAGCGGUGGUCAGGGCGCCAAUCCCAUGUCCAUCGACACAGGUCUCAGCAACGCUGCGCGCUCAAUGCCUGCUACGCCGGCGACUACUCCUCCCGGGAACUCGCUGCAGAGUAUGCAGCCCUACUCGCAGGGUAGUCAGCCUUAUGACAGCUCUCGAGGUGUCUACAAUGGCCAAGCGGCUCAGCAGUCGCCCUACCCUCCCUCAAAUAAUAGUCCGCAAGAGAGGAGUCUCUAUAGCCAGAGCGGAUCGUACAUGAAGAGCGAGAUGGGUCCUCCGUCCGGACGUCCCGCGGGUUCUGGACCGAGCGAGUCAAACGACGUCAAGCCACCAAACGGCUUGUUGCAACAUGGGGAUGGCGUAUCCCAUCCGUCCGGAGAGGACGAGGCCGAGCACGAGGCCGAAUAUACCCACGACAGCGGAGGUUAUGAUACUAACAGAACAGCAUACAAUUAUAACGCCCCGCCCGUCGCUACAUUACCUGGCGAGCAUCAGCACAUGCCAGAAAUGACGGGAUCUCCCAGCCAUCAGGCAGGGUCUGGCCGCGCGACUCCUAGAACGGCUGCGCCUCCCCAACCCUACUACACACAACAAGCUGGGUACAGCACACCGCCACGGGUGGUGCCGCCGUCUAGUAGCCUGUAUAAUGUAAUGAGUGGCGACCGAACAUCCACCAAUGGCGCACCGGCGACGGAUGUGUAUAGCUCACAAGCUGACAUGGGCGGCCCCAUGCAAAAUGGUUACGCCCCCCAACCCGUCAUGAAUGGUGCGCCGGGUUCCUUGAAGCGGGGUCGCGACGACGAAGACGACCUCCCCCGUCCUUCGAGCGGCAGUUUAGACCUGAAGCGUCGAAAAACCGUAAUGGAUGGCCCCAUCUCUGCUUCCGGCUACGAUGCGAUGAGCCGCCCUACUUCCGCAGUGGCCCGCCGACGAUAACGUCGAACUAGGCGGCCGUUCGAUGCUAUAGCAGUGUCCUUCUCACAUUAAUUCUGGCGUUGUGGCACCGUGCGAAAAUUGGUCCAUCAGGUCGAAUCAUUUUCGCGCGUAGAACACAACGCUAACCACGAAAAUACGCCCCUUGCCAUUCCCUUCGGACUCCCUUGUAUUCUCUGCGGCGAUUCAUCAUCGGCAUGUUUGGGCCACUCCAGAAGA